AUGCACCGUGCUGCCUCCAACCAGCGCUCGGUCUCCUCCUCCUCGGGCUCCUUCCAGCCGCCGCCGCCGCCGCCGCCGCUGCCUCCGCACGCCGCCGACCGGCAGCCCCUCUUCCCGGGGGGCUCCAGCAGCGGCGGCAGCCGGCGGGGCUCGGGCUCGAGCGGGCCCGGCGGGGCGGGGGGAGGGCGGCGCUGGGGCUUCCAGGCGCUGUCCCUGGUGCUGCUGCUGGGGCAAGGAGCGCUGCUGGACCUCUACCUGAUCGCCGUCACCGACCUGUACUGGUGCAGCUGGAUCGCCACCGACCUGGUGCUGGCGGCCGGCUGGGGCAUCUUCUUCUGUCGCAACAGCCGGGCGCGCCGGCGGGAGCGGCCCCCGCCGCCCCCCGGGCCGCCGCCGCCGCACCCGCUGCUGCUGCACGGCCCCCCCGGCGGCCGCGGGGCCGGGGGUCGCGGGGCCGGGGUCCCCCCGCGCGGCGGCGACUUCGCCUACGCGCACCUCGCCUGGCUCAUCUACUCCAUCGCCUUCACGCCCAAGGCGGCGCUGAUCCUGGGCACCUCCAUCCUGGAGCUGAUCGAGCUGCGCCUGCCGCUGGGCACCACUGGCUUCCGCAUCACGCUGGCGCUGUCUGCGCCGCUGCUGUACUGCCUGCUGCGGGCCAUCGGCACCGAGGGAGCCGGGCAGCUGCUCCUGCCGCCGCAGCCGCCGCCACAGCACCGCGCCGCCGCCGCCUUCCUCGCCACCUGCCUCGACCUGCUCGACAGCUUCUCCUUGCUGGAGCUGGUGCUGCAGCCCGGCCGGCCGGCGCCGCUGCCCGCCCCGCUGCGCUACCUGCUCAUCGCCGUCUAUUUCCUCUGCCUGGCCUCGCCGGUGCUGUGGUUGUACGAGCUCAGUGCCGCUAGCCCGCCCGGCGCCGCCCGGCUCGCCCUGCACCUCCUGCUGCCCGCUGGGCUGCUGGACGCGCCGCUGCUGGCGCUGCGCUGCCUGCUGCUCCUGCGCUACCAGCAGCCGCUAUCUCUCUUCAUGCUGAAGAACCUCUUCUUCCUGACCUGUCGCGGUCUGGAGGCGCUGGAGACCUGCUGCCUCCUCCGCCCCGCCGCCGCCCCUCCGCCCGCCAAGUACGGCCCGGCCGCCGCCGCCCCCGCCGCCGCCCCGCUGGCCCACGGGCUCUCCGAUGUGGACGUGGGGCCCCACGGGUACGUGAACGCCUUGGCCGUCACCGCCCAGGGCUGAGCCCCUCUGGCCGCCCCCGGAGGAGCUCCCGCCGCCUCCGGGCCCGCUCCCGGCAGAGUCUCUGUCUCUGUGUUCUGCUCAGGUUCCCUCCGCCGUGGCCGAGCAGGGGAAGGGGACGUGGGCUUCCCUGUCAGACUCCCGCUCCCCUCCUCUCUUCCUCAUGGACACAUCCAGCAGCGGAAGCUCCGCACAAACCCGACUACCUGCAGGAGCCUACAGGUGAUACUGGUCACCAGAAAAUGCACCUGUCCUUUGUGACAAGACUUCUUCUAGUGCUUCUGCCUCUCCACUGUCUGGAGGGUCCCACCCUUCCACUCCGUCCCAGGACAUUGUGUUCCUUUGUAACCAUAAAGGUUUCGUUUUUCCUUUUCGUCCUAAACAAGGACCAGUGCAUUUUGUCUCCUCCUUUAAGAACUCCUGCUGACCACAAUAAUGAGAUGCAAGAGGGGCCUGACCAGCAGAUGUUGCCUCCAGAAGGACAGAAGGAAGCAUGCUUUGGUUUCCCUGGGUCUUGCAAAGCUGCUGCCUGUGUUUCCCAGGCCUUUUUGUACCAGCUAAGGAACCUCUGGAAGCACGCUGGCCUCUCGGUCACUUAAGCCCAUGAGCCACCUUCUCAUAGCCAAAAUGUCUACCUCUGUGCUUCAACCUUUUGCAUCUUACAUUGACUUCACAUGCUAAGAAACCAAUCCAGCAUGGACAUAAAACAGGGCUUAGGUCCUGUUUCAUAACCACCAAGACAUUUAUUUCUGGUGAGAACAGGGUUUACAGCAGCCUACUGCUGGCAUCCCCAGAUGCUGGGGCUCCCAUUUCUCUGUGAAUAUGCAUGUUUACGGGAUCAGCGUUUGUUUUCUUUUGCACAGAGCAUAGGGUCUUCCUUUACACAGCCAGAAAGGCUGAAAAAUUUUCUCUGGCCUCCUUCCAUGCCUGCUUGAGAGAGCAGAGAUGGGGCUAAGCCUGCAAAGUGCCAGAGGACACUGGCACUGCUCGGGAUGGGCUCCAUGCUCAGUGAACCUCACUUUUCAGCACAGAAAGAAAAGUGCUGCAGGAGCCUUUGAGGCAGAGGGGCUCUCGAGCUUUGGUGAAAGCCCAUGUAUCAGCACCCUGUUCUCUGUGUGCAUGUGGUUUAGGGUAGGUGGGGAAAAAUUGUUAGUAACCUCUCAUAGGAACACAGUUUUCUUUGGUUUUAAGCUCCAUGAAUGUUGGGUGGAGUUAAGGCCUGCUCUUCUGCCUGGCUGCAGCUGUUCCUUAAACCAGCCCCAUGGAAGCAGCACACAGGCCACGUUUGGAGGAAGGACUUUGCCCCUCCCAGGCUUAUAUUUUGUUAUCUGGGCAAGGCUGCAAUAAUUGUGACAAACAACAGUUUGCUGUUGCAAGGUUUCUUUCUUUUUUUUUUUUCUCCUUUUCUUUUCAAGCUGUCCUGAUGGGUAGGGGAAAUAAAGCACAACCAACUGCUCCCCAUGGCAGGACUGCAGGUGCAGCCCAGACUUCUUCUGCACACACAUUCAUUCUUUCCUUCAGGGCUUGGGCUUCAGAGCCUCUGUCCCAGCUUCCUUUUCACAGAGUGGGAUCAACUGCCUGCUCUGGUGGACUGCUACAACAAAAUGUUUACAGUCUGGUAACUUCCAGCUCCCGGAGGCAGAAGUGGGGCUGCCAUGGGGCUGUCCUCCCCCAGCUCUCGGUGGCUGAUGGGUUUUGAGGGGCUGGAAAAGCCCCUAGAAAAGAUGGGUCAAUUGUGCUGUUCUGUUCAGAUGUGCAGCUAGGAUGGGUGACUUGCUGCUCUCCUCACACUAAAUGGAGAGUUGGCAAAGCUAGGCUUAACUUUCCCACCAGUGCUUUAUUUUUAACCUGAGCCCUUACAUGGGCAGUUGUGUGAAUUUUGGCCAGUGGCCUUUCUCUUCGCUAACUUCUUCUUAUCUGGACAAUCUUGGUGCUGUGAGUGACUGUGAUUGUAAAACUUGGUACUGUGAACUUUUACUAUGUGAUGUGAAAUGUGUCGAGGGGAUGCUAAGUUCCUGGCCAAAGGAGGUGUAAUUACAGAUAUAUUAUGCUUGUA